ACUCAGUCUCUCGUUGCAACCGUGCUAUUGUCUCCUCGCCUCUUUAUCCUGAGUCGUCGAGAAUGCCACCGUUCAAAGAUGAACAUAUUCUGAUAAUUGCGCCAGGAUCGCAAGUGACCCUGGCGCAACUGGGUCUCCCAGAGUCAUUCACGCCCGCUCGAUAUCGUUUCCCCACACGAAUGUUCCCGGCUGAAAAAAAGGGCGAAUAUGAGCCGUACAAGAUCCGCGAGAGGCGGCAGGAGGUCAAAUCCACCAACGGUGUUACCGCGCCCAAGGAGGAUGUGGACAUGAAAGACGCGGAGCCGACCACGCAGGAGGCGACAGCCAAAACAGGGAACGGUUUGAAAGAGGAGAAUCCGGAACAAGACAAGAGGGUGGAUGCCUCGGGAGAUGGAGAGAACGGGGAAGCUAAGGAAGGAAACGAGGAGCACAAGGUGGAGGAGAUUUUCUACGAGGAAGAUGUGGCGUCUGAUGAAGGAGCGGUCUAUCCCAUGGAGAAUGGACGUGUUAUCGACUGGCCCUGCUUCUUUGCUCUUCUAACACAUGUCUACAACACACUUAGCCCACCAUUCCACACGCCAAUCAUGCUGAUUUCCCAACCCGUCUGGUCUGCGCGCGAUCGGGAAACUAUCACCCAGUUUGUGUUUGAAAAAUUCAAGACACCCGCAUUUUGUCUCAUGGACUCCGCACUCGCUGUCUGCUAUGGAUAUGGCAUAUCUACUGCGACUGUUAUCGAUGUCGGGAAAGACAAAGUCGACGUGACCGCGGUCGCAGAUUUCAUCGUCAAUGAGCAUGGGAGAGGCACUGCAUUGGAAGGAUGCGGUGGCGAUUAUAUGACCGAGAGGUUGAUUGAACUUUUGGGUUCAAAAGGAUUCACCAAGGACAUGUGCGAGCAGCUUAAGCGUAGCAAUAUCACCGAGAUUUUACCCCCAGGCACACCUUUACCGGGUACUGCCGCUACCGCGCGACAGGGCGCCAGCCAGGUUCCAGGAACUCAGGAAGGAGCCAACUCUGCUCCCCGUGGCCCGGGUGAAGGUGCUCAAUCCCAAAAUGAGAGUGGCAACCCAGAUGAUGAGGACGAGGAUGUGCUGGAUGUAGCCGCUAUCAUUAGCGGCAAUACCAGCGAAUUCUUAGCAAACCGGGAGAAGGAGAAAGCAGAAAAGUCCUCCUCGAAAAAGGGCACCGCAGAUCAGGGUGCAAAGCCUGUCCGUCUUCCGAAUUCGAAGAAAGCAAGGGCAGCGUUCCAGUUUGAAGAGUUUGUAAGACUGGAGCCAGAAAAGGACGUGAACAACGGACCUAGGCGAUUCAUCCGCCGAACGAGAGAUAUCGAAGUCGGGGUUGAGCGAUUCCUUGUUGCCACACCAAAACAAAACACAGGGGAUCGUUUGUCCAGCGGUAUUCUGGAGGAUAUCGCUACGCAGAUUCACCACACUAUUCUUGCGGUGCCUGACGCGACAAAACGAAGCGAUCUGUGGGAUUCGUUGAUUGUCGUUGGCAACGGUAGCAAAAUCAAGGGUUUCACCCAGGCCCUACUUAACACCAUCACUCAGAAGUUCGUUCUCUCGCCUUCAGGUACCAUCUUUACCUCCGAGAUCCCCUCCAACUUCUCCACACCACUUCCCACCGGAGGCACAAAUACUCCGGCACCCCAAGGUCAACCUGGGCCAAUGCACCAUCCUGCUGGCCACGGCGUGAACCCUCUGCUUGUUGCUGCUACCCAUUCGAACAACCCUGCUGUCACCAACAUGCCCCCAGGAACUCCUUCAAUGGACCCCUCACUUUCUCACCACCGCUCCACCGGUCACUCUCAGACCCCUACAUCGGUUAAGACCCUCAAACCACCCGAGUACUUCCCCGAAUGGAAAGAACAGAGCGGAGCCAACUCCCAGGCGCAAAAUGCCUCCAGUCCUGGCCUUCCGGGCUCAGGGGGUGGCCACCAUGGCAUGGAAGAAGCUGCUUUCCUGGGAGCUCAAGUUGCGUCGAAAGUCAUUUUUGUCCUUGAUCAAGGUCUCAGCAAGGGCUUCAUGAGCCGCGUGGAAUAUAACGAAAACGGACCUUCAGCUAUCCACGAAUAUGUUAUGUAAUUGUUAUAUCGAACCGCGUUUGAAAAGGAGCAAACGUGAUACGAAUAAGGCCUUAAUUCCGUCACUAUCUACGAAUAUUUGACUUUCCAGCUUGGUGCUUUUCCUCAAAUUCCUUGGUCUCUUUUUAUCUCACUUCCUUUUGAAUGGUUCUGUAUUCUACACGAGGAGCGUCGUUUUUUAUUAUUUAUUAGAAAAGCAGUCUGCUUCAUUAUGCAGGUAGGACUGAUGGAGUCUGGUUUAACUAGUAGAUAUCUUGGUGUUCAAUAGCAAGGCAUUGCAUAUAAAAAUUCCUUGACGUUUUC